AUGGCUUCCAUACCUCCCACCCAGUCCAAUCAACCUAGAUCUAUCAAAAAGUCCAUGCACCAAAAGCAAGGCCGUCGCAAAUCAAGCUUAAUGAAAAGAGCGUCCGAAUAUAGCAAGAUGUGCGAUGCAGACGUCUGUGUGGGCAUACGCCUUCGGGAAACCGGCCAAGUAUUUAUCCUAUCAGCGGAUACUUCGGGAUUUUGGGCAUUCCUUAGCUCGCAAUUAGUAUGUCUCCAACUAUGUCUGUGA